GGCUGCGUACUGGCUGUGGGAUGGGAAGUGAAGCCCCAGCGAGCGGCUGCGGCGGGGCUGUGAGGAGCAGCCAGGGGGAGGCGGCGGCGGCUGGUCGGUGAGCAGCUGGAGAGAGCGGAGCCGGGGCGGAGCACCUGCAGGCACGGGCGGCGGCUCCACCAUGGCGAUUCGCAAGAAGAGCACCAAGAGUCCCCCGGUCCUGAGCCAUGAAUUCAUCCUGCAGAAUCACGCGGACAUCGUCUCCUGUGUGGCGGCGAUGGUCUUCCUGCUGGGGCUUAUGUUCGAGAUAACAGCAAAAGCAUCUAUCAUUUUUGUUACUCUUCAGUACAAUGUUACCCUCCCCACAACAGAAGAACAAGCUACUGAAUCAGCAUCCCUUUAUUACUAUGGUAUCAAAGAUUUGGCUACAGUUUUCUUCUACAUGCUAGUGGCGAUAAUUAUUCAUGCCAUAAUUCAAGAGUAUGUGUUGGAUAAAAUUAACAGGCGAAUGUACUUCUCCAAAACGAAACACAGCAAGUUUAAUGAAUCUGGUCAGCUUAGUGCAUUCUACUUUUUUGCUUGUGUUUGGGGCAUAUUCAUUCUAGUCUCUGAAAACUACAUCUCAGAUCCAACGAUCUUGUGGAGGGCUUAUCCCCACAACCUUAUGACAUUUCAAAUGAAGUUUUUCUACAUAUCACAGUUGGCUUACUGGUUUCAUGCUUUCCCUGAACUCUACUUCCAGAAAACCAAAAAAGAAGAUAUUCCUCGUCAACUUGUCUACAUUGGUCUUUACCUCUUUCACAUUGCUGGAGCUUAUCUUUUGAACUUGAAUCAUCUGGGACUCGUUCUUCUGGUGCUACAUUAUUUUGUUGAAUUUCUUUUCCACAUUUCCCGCUUGUUUUAUUUUAGUGAUGAAAAGUAUCAGAAAGGAUUUUCUCUGUGGGCAGUUCUUUUUGUUUUGGGAAGACUUCUGACUUUAAUUCUUUCAGUACUCACUGUUGGUUUUGGCCUUGCAAGAGCAGAGAAUCAGGAACUGGAUUUCAGUACAGGAAACUUCAACAUGUUGGCUGUUAGAAUCGCUGUUCUGGCAUCCAUUUGCAUUACCCAAGCAUUCAUGAUGUGGAAGUUCAUUAAUUUUCAGCUUCGGAGGUGGAGGGAACACUCUACUUUUCAGGCACCACCUGUAAGGAAGAAACCAACAGUGACUAAAGGCAGAUCUUCUAGAAAAGGAACAGAAAAUGGUGUGAAUGGAACAGUAACAUCAAAUGGAGCAGACUCUCCCCGUAAUAGAAAAGAGAAAUCUUCAUAAUGAAUUAUAAACUAAUUGAUCAAUGUCCCCAAAGAAAUCUGCUUUUUACUAUAUCUUUCAGCACUAGAAAUUUUUCUGUUCUUGAAAAUACAGUUUGUGCUUUGAUUCUUGCUA